AAGAGCAUUUCAAACGUCCUCACAAGUGUGCUUGAGGAGAUAAUACAAAAUUGGCCCCGGCGCGCAUAGUUAAACCUGAUCACAGGCGCGUGCGCCCGCCAGUCCGUCGUGAGGGAGGUGCUGUCGCUGUCGGCUUGUGAGGAGACUCUGACCUGACUCGACUACUGUGCAAGCGGUACCGCUACGGAACGUGCAUGUGGAAGACUGAUUUUAAAUGGGACCUAAGACGUUUAAUAAAGACAUAAACGACAACAACAGUUCCGUUCGACGGACUGAAAGCAAAAGAUAGAAGAAAAUGUUCGCUCUGUGAAGAAACAACUGUUGUGGACCGCGGUUAUACAGGAGGAGAAAACCCGGACGCUUUACACGGGAUUCACUCAUGGAUCUCACCCUAGACUUACCCUGCAGAUGUCCUCGCUGUGGCGAGGGCAUCUUCAAGAUGAACAGCAACUGGAAGACCACCAAGGUGCUGGGACUGAUGAUGUUAGCCAACUUCUUUAUCUACAUCGUGGUGGAAGUGUCCCGAAGCUACGGGCAGGGCCGAGACAUCUACAGUCGACAGAAACUGACGCCCAAACAUUUCUGGAAGAAGCCAGAGGUCAGUCCGGCGUUCUGGAAUCGCGUGCAGGACCGUCUCGAUGACAUCUACUACCUAACUGUUGCGAAUGCCAGCAAGGCCCCAAACAACCUUCAGGGAAUCCCACAUCAGUUGAAUGGCACGAGUCCUUGCAAGCCGGACACCAGGGUGACGACAGAGAUUGAAGACUUUAAGUCCCUACCGCAGCGAUUCCAGGACUUCUUGUUGUACAUGAGAUGUAGGUCAUAUCCCUUGAUAACGGACACAUCCAAAGUGUGUUCUAAACCACCGUACCUCUUGCUUGCUGUAAAGUCCAUUGCGACACAUUUCGACCGACGACAGGCCAUCCGGGAGUCAUGGGGCAGAGCUGGGAUUAUAGAUGGCCGGCGCAUUGCCACAGUGUUCCUACUUGGCAAAACAGAUCCGACGGAUCACUUCCCGGACUUGUCCAAUAUGGUCAAGCACGAAGCGGAGCUGUACGGUGACAUCCUGCAGUGGGAUUAUCGAGACUCUUUUUUCAACCUCACCUUAAAGGAAGUCCUCUUUCUGGAAUGGUUUGGGACCCAUUGCGCUUCUGCCAAGUAUGUGUUCAAAGGUGACGACGACGUUUUCGUCAAUACGCGGCAUAUGCUGGCCCACCUUGGGAACAUUUCGGUGCACAAGACACAGGACCUUUUCAUCGGCGAUGUGAUCGCCAAUGCUGGACCGCACCGGACCAGACACCUCAAGUAUUACAUCCCCGAAAGCGUGUUUCGUGGAGUUUACCCUCCUUACGCCGGUGGCGGAGGCUACCUGUAUUCGGGCAAUUUGGGGCUGCGGUUAAGAACGAUCUCCCGUCUGGUUACGUUGUACCCCAUCGACGACGUGUACACAGGGAUGUGUCUGAAGAGACUGGGCCUAGUGCCGGAGAAACACAUGGGCUUUAAGACCUUUGACAUUGAGGAGAAGCACAGAGAGAAUCCUUGUGCUUACAAAAAUCUGAUUCUGGUCCAUCCCAGGACUCCACAGGACAUGAUAAGGAUCUGGUCUUGGAUUAAUGACCCUAAAGCGAAAUGUUACAUCGCACCUACACAGGACACGAAGGGUGGGAAGCGCCACAAGAAAAACAAAUAGAAUGCAAUGACAGUAAACUCAUGCCCUAAAAACAGCUAACAAAAAUAUGUUCCAAUAAUGUCUUGCUAACAUUCCCAUUAAGUUAUAGAAACAAAGUUCUCGGAACAUUCAAAACAGUCAAGUUUUAUAAAUGUUAUUUCUUAGUUAUAUGAACGUUAAAGGAACAUUCCAUUAUAUCAUGGGAAAGUCAUGCAAACGUUACUUUUGAAUGUUCUCUGAACAUUCUAAAACAAGUUGUAACGUAACAUUUAAAGAACGUUAUAUGAACGUCUAACUGAAACAUUUCGGGAAAAGGGUUCCAGAACUUUGAACAAAUAUUCCAUUAAUGUUACGGGAAGAGCAUUUGAGAGAAUCUUGCUAGAUCAUUCUAAGAAUGUUCUCUGUUAGCUGGGUCCACAUAUUUGCGCCACUUCUUUCACUUU